AUGUGCAAAGGGUUCGGCUCAACCCUGACCGGACCCGCUCUGCAAUGGUACAUUAAUCUACCCUCCAGGUCCAUAGCCUCCUUCGCGAUUCUCAGCGAUAAGUUCGUGGAACAAUUCACCAGCAGCAGGGACCAGGAGAAAACCUCUGAUGGCCUCUACGAAAUCCUCCAACACCGGACGAAACCCCUACGAGGCUACAUAGCCCGCUUCAAUCAAGAGAAGGUGGCUAUUCCUGAAUGCAGCAUCCCCACUGCUAUCUCUGCCUUCAAGAGAGGCCUGCUCCCCGAAGGGGACCUCUAUAAGGAGCUAACCAAAUACCAGUGCAAAACCAUGGAAGACGUCUUAUCCCGAGCUUGGGCCCAGGUAAAAUGGGAGGAGGAUGUUGCCAGUCGCGCUAAGGCACAGCAAAAGCAAGAUCCCAAGACAAUCAGAUUAGACCGAACCGAGCGAGACGAGAAACCCUCUCAAAGACCAGCCAGGGACUCCGGGAAUCGAAACCGGGGCACAUACCAGAACCGGACGAUCGAGAAGGUAGAAGGGAUGGCAGUGUCCACUUGGCCAGACAUCUCUCACCUCUCCGUCUCAAGGCCGGAGCUGAUCAAUGUUCUGAGGCAGAUGGGCCAACAGGUCAAGUGGCCUCAGAAGAUGAAAGCACCCAUUUUUUUCCGGAACCCUGGUCUCUGGUGCAACUUCCAUCGAGACCACGGUCACUAA